AUGGAAAACAUCAUAUACGAAGACUCGCCUCUAGCGGCGUACCUCGAGGGAGAGGGCACCGGUGAGCCUGGCUGGGUGGCGUCCAUGGACGACGACGGCAAGAGCAGCAAGAGCGACAAGAGCGACAAGAGCCAGGAAACCUCGUUUGCCCCCCGCGGCCCCUCCAGCCUCCAGUCCAAGCUGCGGAAGAAGCUGCCGCGCCCGCUGAAGCUGCCUCAGCGCGGCUCCGUCCAUCGCCUCCAGAAUGCCUACGCUCGCGCCGUCAAUUCUCGGCUGGGCAGCGCCGACAACACCCGGUUCCUCGAGCACUUCCGCUUCACCAUCAUAUCCUCGCAGCUCCUCAGCGAGCACUCGGGCCAAACAUCCUUCAAGGUGCCGUCCGGACCCGCCGACGGCUCUGCCCAGACGGUCGAGUAUAAGGGCGGCUCCAUCAAUGUGACGGGGGCCGCAGCUACCGGCGUGGGGGCCUUUUUCGUCGUGUCGUUGCUUCACUGGGCCCGCGAGUCCAAGCAGGGCGGUUUCAACAAGGGGAGACUCCUGGUCGUGGUCAUGGCCACUGCCGUUGGUCUGACGGUUGCAUACGCGCAUGCAAGGCGCCAGUGGCUGCAGAAUCUCAGGCAUCGCGCCGUCUCCGCUGCCUCGGUGCUGGUGUCCAAUCUGCAAGCGUUCGACACCUGCGCUUCUUCAGCCGUCAUGCUAGUCCAGGAAGUGGAGCUAGUGUCCCGCGGCUAUCGACUGAGCACUCCCAUGCCACCAAUCACGAGGCUCGAUGACAAAAACCAGAUCAAGCGGUGUGUGCGUUUGAGACGCAGUCUGCGCAGCACAUUCGCCGCCACUCUCCCCGCCUUCGCUGACGAGUGCGCCACCCUGCGCCUUCUAGUGGAGUCAGAUGAUCUUGAAAGAUACCUCGAUGUAUACGAUAUCACUUCGCAGGACAUGCAAGAGGCGGCACUGGGGUAUUCCGAGGAUGAGUUUGAAGACGGGGAAAGCCUCAAAGCCCUGCGCAUCUGGCAAUACCGUUUGGUCACUCUGCGCAGGGUUUUCUUGUGCUCUCUUCUUGCUCUCGAAGCGGACGGUGACAGCGAAGACUUUGCGCGCUGGCGCCCGGCCAUCAAUGCCAUGGAACGUCUUACCGAGUUGUGCGGCAAGUGGUGUGAGAAAUUGACGCGAAUUCUCGGAGAAGAAGAACAAUUUGCGCCGCCUUCGCCGCAGCCCAAAGUGCCGUCUACGCCAGGCAAGGAGAAGAUCCGGGCUUCGGUUCGGCAAAUGAGCGCUCUGUCGCAGGGUAUCCGUGGGUUGCAGGCAAAAAUGCAGAUCCUCCGCGAAGAGUCGAGCAAGAGUUUGGAAGAAUCCGUCGAGGUAACAGAGCUCGGGUCGACGUUGAUGUCGCAGUACGACUCGAUCGGGGCGGAUCUGAAAAACCUUGUGCAAGCGUGGGAGGCAGGUAAGACGUCCUUGGCCCUGAACAUCGACAGGCAAGAGCGGCGCAUCUCGCAAGCGUCCAGCGGCGGACUGCGCUCGCCGGUGCCCAGCCUGGGCGGGCUCACGGCUGUGGACGAGCUGGGCAGUCCCAGCGACGCUCUGCGGGCUCUCAACGGCGAUUUGCCGCUCUCGAGCAACCGCAACUCGGGAUCGUCUGCCACGUCGAACAGCGGAUCGGACGAGGAGAUAUUCGAGGCCAUCGCCAUGCCUCGCACUCGCAUGUCGAUGACGCGGGAAGAACGCAUGGCCAAGAUCCAGGAAGAUCGGAUCCGACAGGUGUCUCUGCGGGAACAGCGCGACGCGAACACCAGCAUGCUGCGGGAGCUGGAGUCGGUCAUCAGCCUGAGACCUGGACAAAAGAAGCCGCGUCCGGCGACGUACGGCGGAAGGGUAUCGUCCUAUUGA